UAGGAUUUGCAAUCUUAUUCCAUUUCCUCUUCUUCUCCUCCUGCUUGGACUCUCUGUUCUUUGGACCAUGUUGUCUCUCUGGCUUCUCCUUCUCUCCUGCUUGUCUCUUCUCUCCAGAAGUUCUACAGAAGAAGGCCUGGAAUUCCCGAGCUUCGAUGGCAAGGACCGAGUGCUGAACAUCAACGAGAGGAACUACAAGAAAGCGUUGAAGAAGUAUGACAUGCUGUGCCUGCUUUACCACGAACCGCUGCCCACUGACAGGGAGCUCCAACAGCAGUUCCACAUGAGGGAGAUGGUGCUGGAGCUGGCUGCCCAAAUCUUGGAAGACCGAGACAUAGGGUUCGGAUUGGUGGAUUCUCAUAAGGAUGCCAAGGUGGCCAAGAAGCUUGGGUUGGAGGAAGAAGGCAGCAUUUAUGUCUUUAAGGAUGAACGUGUGAUUGAGUUUGAUGGAGAGCUCUCUGCAGACACACUGGUCGAGUUCUUGCUAGAUCUUCUGGAGGAUGCAGUAGAGCUCAUCAGUACCCCUAUGGAGCAACGUGCUUUUGAGAGGAUGGACGAAGACAUCCGUCUCAUUGGCUACUUCAAGGGCAAAGAUUCAGAACACUACAAAGCUUUUCAGGGGGCCGCAGAACGAUUUCAGCCUUACGUGAAGUUUUUCGCUACGUUCGACAAAGGGGUGGCCAAGCAGCUGACUCUUAAGAUGAAUGAAGUGGAUUUCUACGAGCCGUUCAUGGACGAGCCCGUCACCAUACCAGACAAACCCAACUCGGAGAACGAGAUAGUGGCUUUUGUCAAUCGACACCGGCGACCAACUCUAAGGAAGCUACGUGCAGAGGACAUGUUUGAAACCUGGGAGGAUGACAUGGAUGGGAUCCACAUCGUGGCGUUUGCCGAGGAAGAGGACCCAGAUGGCUAUGAAUUUCUGGAGAUAUUGAAAGAUGUGGCCAGAGACAACACCAAGAACCCAGAUCUGAGUAUUAUGUGGAUUGACCCUGAUGACUUCCCCUUGCUGACGUCCUACUGGGAGAAGACCUUUAAAGUGGACCUGUUCAGACCUCAGAUCGGCGUGGUCAACGUGACAGAUGCAGACAGUGUGUGGCUGACGAUACCUAACGACGAGGCUCUGCCCACGGCUGAGGAACUGGAGGACUGGAUCGAGGAUGUCCUCUCAGGGAAGGUCAACACCGAAGAUGAUGACCUUGAUGAAGAUGAUUUGGAUGAUGAUGAUGAUGAUGACAGUGAACGUGGCGGUGAUGAUGAUAACGAUGAGGAUGACCACAAUGACGAUGACGACGAUGAUGAUGGAGACGACUGAUUGGCAGAUACGUCACUAAUGAUUAGUGUAACUUGGUACAUUUUAUACAUGUGUUGCAGUAUUUAUAGAAUCCAAGUAGAAUAAAAUCACUUGUUAAAGUCAAUAAUAAUAAUAAUAAUAAUAAUAAUAAUAAUAAUAAUAAUAACGCAGUUCCACGGGUGCAGAUAGGAAACAAUUUAUGAAGUGAAAAUUACUACGUGUGUAGACUGGUUUAUAAGAUGAAUACGGUCAUAAACAUGUUAUGUAAGGUAUGUAAUAUGUUUCAGUAGAACUGCACGAUGUAUCAGCUCUACUACUUCUUCCAAAAUGCUUCAUAUAAUCAGGAAUUAAACUCGACUAUAUGGUGAAAAUGGAUUUUUUUCACAUAAUUUUUUAAAAUCCUUGUAAAGAACCUCCAUUGCCAUUAUUAUUACUGUAGAUAAUUAAAGCUAUGUCUGUACCUAAACCUAAACAUGACCUUAAAUUCAGUAACCAAAAAGAAACUGUUUGGCUCUUAGCCAGUCGGUACAGGAUUUCGGGGGGUUUUUUUUUUGCGACUGUUGCGGCCAAAAAUGCUUGAUUUUUUUACUGCGGUAUUUUUUCAAAUUUGUGAUGCAAUUUGCAGAGUAUUGUGUGCUUUAUUUUGUGGGAAAACUACUUAAAUUGGUGAAAUUGCAAUUGCAAGAAAUUGUCUUGCACAGCCUUUCACAGUGAUGUGUUGGUAAAUGAGACCUUUUAGCUGUUGCCAUGUUUGACGCACGUGAUCGGAGAGGGCUUUGGCUGAGGGACU